AGUACACUGUACACAGUCUGCACUGCGCCGCGCUCCGCUCCGCGACCGCUACUCCGCGCCCGUACCUCGUCGUGACUCGUCGUCGUGUGCCUGGACGUGGUGCGACGACCGCGUUACGCUUUCGUCGGCUAUACUGUAUAGCGCGAUCAGACCGCGGCUCGAGACGCGCCGUCUACGUACAUCGAGCGGAUAUUUGGGCGAGCGAUGCGGAUCGAAGCGGGACACGUCCGCGGCUGAAAGGUAACCUGGUCUCUCCCCCGGUCGUUCGCGCCGUCGUCCGCGCGAGCGAUAUCCGUGUACGCGUGUAUCCGUCACCCGCCGCCGCCGCCCGUCCCGUUUCUCGGCCACGUUUCUUCAGGCACGCGGCCGCAUCGUAGUCCAGAAAUACACGGCCGUGGAGUUGACCGCGACCUUCGCUGGCGCGACGCGCAGAGCCUGCCUACGCGGAUUUACAACUCCCGACAUGUCGAGCGAGAGCGUGAAAACGUUUGCGAGCCUCGAGACGCCCGGAUACGUGGGCUUCGCGAAUCUGCCGAAUCAAGUGCAUCGGAAAUCCGUGAAGAAGGGCUUCGAGUUCACGCUUAUGGUCGUGGGCGAGUCCGGCCUCGGGAAGUCCACCCUGGUGAACAGCUUGUUCCUCACGGAUUUGUAUCCCGAGCGAAUAAUUCCCGACGCAGUUGAGAAAACCAAUCAAACUGUCAAACUCGAUGCUUCAACGGUCGAGAUUGAAGAAAGGGGCGUGAAACUCAGACUAACCGUCGUCGAUACACCUGGCUAUGGAGAUGCGAUUGAUAACACGGACAGUUUCCGUGCUAUCAUUCAAUAUAUAGACGAUCAGUUUGAGAGAUUUCUUCGUGAUGAAAGUGGUCUAAACAGGAGAAACAUCGUUGAUAAUAGAAUACAUUGCUGUUUCUAUUUCAUCUCUCCGUUUGGCCAUGGGUUGAAGCCAUUGGACAUCGAGUUUAUGAAGCAGCUUCAUAACAAAGUUAAUAUAGUACCUGUAAUAGCGAAAGCUGACGUACUUACCAAAAAGGAAGUCCUGCGCCUGAAGAAAAGAGUCAUGGAGGAGAUUGAAGGCAACGGAAUCAAAAUAUAUCCUUUACCGGACUGUGAUAGCGACGAGGAUGAGGAUUACAAGGAGCAGGUGCGUCAACUGAAAGAGGCUGUCCCGUUCGCGGUGUGCGGCGCGAACACCCUGCUCGAGGUCAAGGGGAAGAGAGUGCGCGGUCGACUGUAUCCGUGGGGUGUGGUCGAGGUGGAGAAUCCCGACCAUUGCGAUUUCAUCAAGUUAAGAACGAUGCUGAUCACGCAUAUGCAAGACUUGCAGGAAGUAACGCAAGAGGUGCAUUACGAGAAUUAUCGUAGCGAAAGAUUGGCAAAGGGAGCUCCGGUGCCGCCUCGACGACAAACCAUCGCGGAAAACACCGAGAAGAACAGCACCGUGUCGGAGAAGGAUCGCAUUUUGCAAGAGAAGGAGGCGGAGAUACGACACAUGCAAGAAUUGCUGGCUGUGAUGCAAGCGCAGAUGCAGCAACAGCAACCUUGAUCGAGCAUGCGUUUGUGUACCGACGUAUGAAAUGAGGGAGACGACUCCCUCAUUGUUUACACGAGUGCCAAAAAAAGGAUAAAAAUUUUUUUCAGUGGCUCACAACACGACCGGGGUUUUGAUUUUCGGCCGCAAUAUUUUUCUAAGCUCGUCUUCUAUUAGGGCAAUUUCUUUUGAUACGCGCUCUUACGCGUUUUAUAGGCAUAUAUACAUAUAUAUAUAUACAUCUCGUAUAAGAGUACGAAAAUACUAAUCGUCUUUUGAUAAGUGUAUAUUGUCGAUGUGAGGGCUCUCGACGCCUCUGUUAGCCAUCCGAUGCCUUGUCCAGGAACCGACCAACAAAAUCGAUCUGAAAAUUGCGACACAGUACGAAACAAAUGUUUGCAUAUCCAAGGUUGGCAGGUAAGGCACUUAAGUAGCUUUGUUCCUUUUAUAACGAAAUUUAUUCGAACGAGAAUCGCUCGAUUAUCGAAUUUUACUGUGCGAGUACUUAUUGAGAAUCUAAUUCGGAUUAAUCUUUUUCUUUCUUCCUUUUUUUCUUAAAGGAAAGUAUUUGUCCUCGAUUUGUCAGUUUCUCACGUGUGAUUUCCGUCUUAAUUAUUGACAAACCCCUGAUUGUUUUAUUCAUAUCGUGCAUUUAAGCAUAAGGAUUUAAAAGUAAGAUUUUAUCGCAUAAGUUAAAAAAACGCGACCAAUGAAGCAAGAUUGCUCAGAAAAUAUCUGAUAAGCCUAAUAACUCCUCAUUUCGAGAAAGGUGUAUGUCAGCUACAUACGCAGUAUUUAUCAAAAGGAAAAUCUUAGACACAUGACGUGAAAAAAAAAAUACGAAUUUUACCUCAGAUGAUGAAGAUGAUUAUACAAUAGAGAGAAUUGUGAAAAGAAGUGCCUUGCAACUUUUUAUCUAUCUCAUUAUCACAGUACGAGUAUUAACAUGCAUAAGAAAUGCAAAACUUUUUCGUAUAUAAAUAUGCAAACAAUUUGUUACAAUCACUUCAAUUGCAUUAGAAGAAAGUCUCACCUCCAUAAUUGAGCAAUAUAUUCAUAAUCAGUUUAUAGGCGAAACUUAUAUUUCCGCGAAUAGUGAAUAAAGAAUCUCAUAUUGAACUCGUGUAAGACAGAUGUACGAAAAGGUGAAGUGACGCAAUCCGAAAAAAAAAAAACGUCUGACUGAUCGCCCUAGAUUAUCUAAAAAGCAAUUGUAUGUGUAUCGUUUAAUUGUUAAUAUUAAGCGACCUAGGAGCAAAGAAGUACGAAUGUGCCGAAUUCAUUUUGAGUUAUCGUUUAAAAGAGUGAACAAUCCAAAGUUAAUUUUACAUGUAUUUAUAACAUUCUAUUUUUUUUCUACAAUUGGCCAUUCGUAACUUCUUUUUUCUAAGUCUUCCUCACGCAUAUAUGAAUCCUUGAAACAUAUAAGCCAUAAAUGUAUACCUAGAUAUUCAUAAAAGUAUUAUAUUCGUCAUACAUAAAAAAAAAAAACAUAAUGUUUAAGAUAAAUGUGACUACGAAUUUUCCACGUGUAUCACAUACGAAUUAUCUUCUUGUGUGAAUUAGUUUCACGCAAUACAACGAAAUAUACGGAAUGUGAUUACAUAUAAGAAAUACAAAUGUAUAAGAGAAUUUCGUAUACAAAACGUAAAAUUGGAGAUAAA